AUGAAUUCUGAAGUGUAUGUGCUGGAUGACUACAGUUCAUCUAGUGAUGAAGAAGAGGCACCACCAGUACUUCAUUUGAAACGAAAGCACAUUUGUCCCAUGGAUUGCUUGAACAAAAGAGCAAAAUAUGAAGAAGACCCAAUGGAUGGUUGGUUCGACUAUAUGAGGGCUUAUGUGCCUUUAAUGAAAUUAAUGCUAGAAGAUUAUAAGAUGAAAUGGGAGAGUUAUAAAUACAAACAAUAUGCUAAAAUUAAUGACCCUUAUUACGAAGAAUCAGACGAAGAUUCUGACACCUCCAACGGUACUGUAACAAGUGCUAUCAUUGAAGGCUUUCCCAACGGCGAUAAAAAUGAAUCCGUGGUCCUGAGCGUUGGAAGAGAAAAUAUCAAGGCGGGAUAUUAUAUGUUUUUAUCAUAUUUCCAAGGCGGAUGGUUCUAUCCGGAAGUAAAGAAAUAUUUCAGACAAAAGCACGGUGUGAGAUGUUUCCGGAGUGAAACUACUAAAAAUUCACUAAAGUGUCCUGACGAUUAUAAAGCCUUAAUCAAAUUUAGAACUGUGAAAGCAAGAGCGGAUGUUUUUGCAAAAUUAUCCGAAAAAAACAUGCUUCGGAACUUCACAUUUGUUUGCGUUGAUGCCAGUGAGGAAUACUUCAAUGAUGCAGUUAUUUCAAAACUGAGGAACACGAAAGGGUGUAUUGGAUUGCCGAGUUUCUUCGUCUGCAUGAAACAUUAA